AUGGAGGCCACCGAACCGCUGUCCUCGCCAGACAGACGCGGCUUCAGUGUGCCCUCUCCUCACUCACCUCGUUCUCCUCGCUCGCCUCGCAAAGAUCAGCCUCCUCACAGCCCAUUGAGUCCGGGAAGUCCCAUCUUCAGCAGUACGAGGUUCGGGAAGCUGUCAAAGUCGGCCGGAGGAAAGGAGGGUUUCGCCACCACCGCUGGAGGAAAAUGGACCAGCAAGAUGCGCCUGCCAGGCUCUUCCUCGAAGCCUUUGGUGCCAGUGACGGAGAAGAAGUCGGAGGAAUGGAAUCAAUCUCCUGCCCGCCGCUUGAGAGCCGACAGCUCGGCCGACGACAACAAAUUCGACAUUACGCCUGACGGAGGCUCUGCUGGACGGGAAGGGAGACAGUUCACCGUUGCCAACGUGGGGAACAAUGGUCGGAUAUACUUGAGGCCAACAGUGCGACCCGCCAACCAAAGGUUUCCUCAGCCAAACUUUGUCUUCCCUAUAACGCCACCUGGGACAGCUGGCCUUGAUGCCCUGACUGAAAAGCCGAGACAGCAGGACACGAGCGACCUUCACCUUAGCGAGUGGACCGCCACACCCCCAACUCCUGCAACCCCUGCAACGGCUGCCACUCCGCCAACGGCCAGCAGCAACAAGCACUACUUCUCUAGCCGUGCCUCGCGGCCUUCUCAGCAUAGACGUGCUCAUUCUGACUCCACGGCACACGAUGGUGCGACCAGCAGAAAUUCGGAAGCUGAAGGCUUCAAGAUUGUCAUCUCGAGACCGGGCGAGGAAAAGCGAUCGAAGACCACGGAAGAUUUGGAUGCCGCUCACAUUCCUCUCCUAGACAUUGAGAUUCCCAACUGGAAAUUGGGCAACCCGCGAUUUAGCGCUAGAGGCACACCUUUUUUCAGAGGAUCGAGUUAUGCACCUACGGAGGAGUUUGCCCGCUCCAGCAACGUUUCUUUCCUUGUUCCGACUCCCACGGGUGAACUCACACCAAGGAUGCCCGAAUCAAUAGCAUCCAAAAAGCCUAGUCCCAUAUCGAUUCCUCAUAUACGUCUGCCACCCUUGGAACCCAAGGGGCCAGCAAUGUCACCCCGUCCAGCUUCCAUGACAACGCCCCGGUUCGCCCCAGUCCGUUCUACCUAUCUCUCGACCCAUCUGGUCAUCGAACCGGCAAUGUUUGAUGCUCUGACCUUCAAGCCAGCAUGCGACGACAGAUCCAUAGUCCGGUACUCGCCAUCCACAGGCGCCGUAACCGCUGCGACACCGCCUCGCCUCGUCGCCGAAAUCACCUCGCCCAGCUUCCUCGACUAUGAGCUCAUUUCUGACUUUUUUCUCACAUAUCGCUCUUUUUUGGAGCCGGCUGACCUGCUGAGGAUGAUGUUGGCUCGACUAAGCUGGGCGAUCAGUCGAAACGACGAGAUUGGCAUGGUUGUGCGAGUUCGGACCUUCGUCGCCAUCCGUCACUGGAUCCUGAACUACUUCAUGGACGACUUCGUCAUCGAGUAUGGACUUCGCGUAACGUUCUGCAACCUGUUGAAUGACAUGGUCGACGAACUCUUUACCGACCCCCAAGGGCGAAAAGUCCAACUCAAGAUCCUUGCCGAGUUGAAAAAGUGCUGGCGGCGUGUUUGCGCCCAGUUCUGGGAUGGCCCCGAGUUUGAGCCCUCCCUGGGACCCCGUGUACCUAUUGCUCCCGGUGGCAUCGCUGGUCAUCGACAUGCCGGCUUGGAUCCUUCCUUUUGGGAGCGGGACGACGCCGCUCCCCAACUCGACACUGUCUUUGCCCCGAUUAUACAAGACAAGGAACAAACAAGUUUUUAUGCCGACGUCUCUCGCGCCGGCCACGUUAGGGACUUGCAACCGAUCGCGGACAGACCGGCCACACCAGAGAAUCACCAUGUUCAGGAGAUUGACAGGAGGCAAGCUGCGUCGCCCACAAGCAUCGCCAGUGUAGACGUCAUCUCCUGCUCGUUCCCGGGCAUGACCUCGCGCACGACACAGCCAACUGGAAACCAAUCCUUGGGCGUACAUCCGGUUGCCCCUUCAAGCUCAGCCUAUUCUAGUGCUGGCCCUGUUGCCGUGACGCCGAGAGCUUUGGUUGGAAAACGUGUGAGACCGGGUCAGGGUCACAAGAGGAACGGAAGCUUGACCGACUCGCUUAGGGAGAAGGAGCACGCGGUGGAUAAGACAGCGUUGCAUGACGCAGACUUUUUGAUGUCGCUGCCCUUCGCUGGCAGUCUUGUUCGAGGUAACCUGAUGCCACCCGGCCAACCUUACGUCGAAAUCAUGUCCCCGAGCGUCAACGGCGAAUUUCAGCGACAGACAACUCUCUUUCAAAUACCACCUGAGCAAAGAGGUGCUGCGUCAGCCAUGUCUGGACAGGGCAUGAAGAAGCUGGUAUGCAGUGUACGGCGUGCCCUCAGCACCAAAGGGCAAGGUGUCUCCCCGACACAGGGCAACUUUAUCAAUAUUUCUCCCAUAGGACCCCGCGGGGCCACAACCAACCGACUUCCUGGUACCGCUGUUGUGCCACAAGCCAGACCGCAGCACAAUGGUAGCCGAUCCCCCGUCCGGAUUGACCUAUUAGGCGCCGCAACCGUGGAGGACUUCAAAACAGCUGUCCGGGAAGAUGCCGCCGCUGAUGCUGCAGCGGAUGCCGAACAGCGCGAAUAUUCUAACGCUACUAUGGAUGCACUGAAUAACGCUCUCGCCGAGGACACGGUCGACAAUUCAACAGGUCGUAUGGUUUCCUCCUUUGGCAGCGUUCCUGACAAUGAUACACUUCGACCCGUCAGUGACAUGGCCAUCACAACUGGCAGCAAGUCUAUCGUCAUUGUCGACGACACGGUGCCUUACACUUUGCCCGCCAUGCAUGGGGCACUUCCAGUCACCGACUCCAUGGACAUAUUUGCUGAUGCACUAAUGCCAGGUGGAGCUGAUCCAACCCCGCCGACUACACCUCCUGGGCACCUGAUAGGCACUCCUCGACGGUCUUCACAUCUUCUCAACCAUCAUGUCAUUAGACCGUCCAUGUCUGUCGGACCUCUGCCUCCCUUCGUUCCCGACCUGGCAACUUUGGGCUUUGAUCGAAGCACGCGUCCGUCCUUGGACACAGACCGCCCUGCAUCAGACACCAUCGGGCCGACUUCAGGAAGACCUACUCUGACCAGGUUUGCCAAAAGGCACACUCGACAGAAAUCGAGCUGGACAAAUCGAUCACUCGAUUCUGCUGCGAUCCCCCGGCGUACUGCUUCGUUUGGCAGUGCCUUCGACCUGCGUUCAACCGUGAAGAGUUUCGACGCAACAACAUAUUCAGAGAACUCGAUCUCCGACGGGGAAGAACCUAGCCCUGUCCCUGAACCUCUUCGUAUCCUCAGACGACGACCAGGUGGCGAUCUGCGAGCUAUCAAUACUGCUGGAGACUUGGACGCCUUUCCUCUGCGUAAGUCGCGGUCUGUUGGCUCCCUUACAACCUAUUCAGAGUCCAUGCGGAGCUCGUAUCUGCAAAGCCCCAACCACGAUACCAGCGCUUUUGUAGACGUUGUUUCGAGUGAGUUUUCUCACGAUGACCAUGCAGACACUUUCUCCCUAGGUGCCAUGGCAGAAUCUUCGGCCAAGCGUCAGCUUUCUCUCUUCAGCACGCACUCGUCCAAACCGAUAAUGCGUCCUUCUUUUGAGGCGGAAGCGCAAAAGCUCGCCCAGAUUCCGGACGACGUUGAUGACGACGGUGGAGUGGAGUCUGCUUUGCUCAAACUAGAAGGCAAAUAUGAGAAAAAGUCAUUCAAGUUAUCCAUGGAGCCCACAAACGCCCCGUUUUCGGACAUAAUGAAGGGCGCAGAGGUGGGUAGAGACGAGCCGGACGAGUCAGAGGUACACAAGCAAAGUAGACAACAUCGCCACUUGCAUGUACUUCCUGGCGACACCAUCGUGGCUCACGAACAUCAAGAAGUGGGAUCUGAGGCACAUACAAGUUUCCUCGGCGUUCCUCAGCGACCGCCCACCGUAGCAGGCUCAUUCUUGUCCGACAAUUCCGGGGAGACGUACAGCUCAAUCCCGCUGUUGGAACGAGAUCUGACAGAUGACGGCUUGAGCAAGGCAAGCAACCGCGAAUGGACCAAUAUGUCCAUUCUUCAAGGACCCGAUGACGACAUUUCGCCAGCCGAAACACCGCGACCAAUGUAUGAAGGUGCUCUGUCUUUUUCGUCUUCCUACGAGUUCGUCCGCAAGACGGAGAGCAUGGAAAAGAUCAAGUCGGAUGGCAAAAAGAACCCGCCGAGCGAGCAGUCCUUCUUGGAUGACGACAGCGAUGGGGAGGACUUGGAUUCGGACCUCUCCUCCGAGCUUUCGGCGGAGAUUUUUGAAUCGGAUGAGUUCGCGCCGAAGCUACAGCCGUCAAAGACACAACGCAGCACAUCUGUUCUAGAGUUUGACUCGCGUCCCUUGAGGGAAUCAGCCAUCAGCCCCUCGGACAGCCAAGACCCUCCUUCGCCCCCAAUGACACUGGUGCAAGCGCUCCGGAUGUCUCCCGAGGCGGCAAUGGUUCCCGACCUCCGCGAGAGCCAAGUGUUCCAGCAGCAAAAACCUCUACCGCCAACUCCCUCGACUGCCCCGGCUGCCGGGCACAACCUGGCGUCACCCGCGGAUCCCACUGGCACGAAAGAGGCCCUGCGCGGCCAGCCACGGCAUCUUGAAGAAGACCGUAACUCCUCGCUGAGAUAUUCGGUCCAUCUACCGUUCAUCCUUGCAUUCGAAUCGGAGAUCUUGGCUCAGCAGUUUACGCUCAUUGAAAAGGACGCACUCAACGAGAUUGACUGGAAGGAGCUUAUUGAAAUGGGUUGGAAGAACGCUACCAAUAACGAUUCUCGAUCGUGGGUUGACUUCCUCCGAAACACGGACGCUCACGGCGUCGAAGUGGUCAUCGCCCGCUUCAACAUUAUGGUCAAGUGGGCUUGCAGCGAGAUCGUCUUGACCCAGAACAUUGAAGAGCGGGCGCGAUGCAUCAUCAAGUUUAUUCACAUUGCCGCCCACUGUCGUCGAUACCGCAACUUCGCAACCAUGAGUCAGAUUGCCAUUGCCUUGACAACAAUGGAAGUAUCCCGGCUAACAGCAACCUGGGCUAUGGUGCCGCCUUAUGAUAUGAAGACUCUGCAGGACCUUGAGAGGCUCAUUUCGCCAACGCGUAACUUUUACAACUUGCGUGCAGAAAUGGAGAGCGGCUCCGACAUUGGGUGCAUACCAUUUGUCGGCAUCUACACACACGAUCUUCUGUUCAACGCCCAGCGACCGUCUGAAAUUGCUAGUUCACCAACAACAGCACCUUUGGUCAACUUCGAGAGGUGCAGAUACUCGGCUACUAUCGUCAAGACGCUGCUAAGGCUACUGGAGGCCAGCACUCUUUACGAAUUUCAGCCAGUCGAGGGCAUUACCGAGCGUUGCCUCUGGAUGAGCGCUUUAAGCGACGAAGAGAUACGCAAACACUCUCAUCGCCUUGAAUAG